AGGAAGUCAGAGGGUAAAUCAGGGUCUGGUUUCUCUUCCUGUCCUUCAGCAAACACCACAAGCACGCGCUCAUUCCGACUCAAUUCUCCCCCGGAAGUGUGUAACCGGAAGGUGGAGGAGAUCAGAAGAACUUCUGACGACGUGUUCCGGUUGCCCCUGAAGCUUUGUGUUGAUCUGGAGAUCAGAGCUCCUGCCUGAAACAUGAACUUCUCCAGAGGUCUCCUGCGACUGCAGCGUUUUUAUUCCAGUGGUCUCAGAGGCACAUAUCACAGGACACUGGACAGGAUUGAGCUCAUGCUUCCUCCCAAACUGAGACCAAUGUACAACCAUCCGGCAGGACCAAAGACAGUUUUCUUCUGGGCGCCUGUUUUUAAAUGGGGCCUGGUUUUUGCUGGAUUUUCAGACCUGACACGUCCCCCAGAAAAGCUCAGUGUCUCUCAGUCAUGUGUCCUCACAGCUACAGGUGUAAUUUGGUCCCGGUACUGCUUGGUGAUCACUCCCAGGAUCUGGGCACUCUUUGCAGUAAACUUCUUCUUGGGGUUAUCUGGAAGCAUUCAACUCCUGAGAAUCUGGAUGUACAAUCAUGAGUUGAAGCAGAAAGAACAUAAAGUUUAACAGUCCUGAACCUGACAGGGGAACAGAAAAUACUGGAUACCAUCUUUAAUUAAAGGAAACUAUGUGAAAAGAGAAUUCAAACAGUAUGAUGUUUUUUUUUAUUAUUAUUAUUUCUUACUGCAAAUGCCAAGAAUCCAUUUUUUUAUUACCUCAUUCUUUGCCUGCAUUUUUUGAUCUAACUCUUUAAACAUGAGUAUGAAUAACUGCAUCAUUCUACUAUGUUCUAUUAAAGUUCCAUCCAAUAAUUUAAUGAGACAUAACUAUAAUUUUUGUUUUCAUAAAACUGUAGUUUUAUCAUUAAUAGUGUGGAUAUAUGUGAGGCAGCCUUUUAAAUGUGGCCAUAAAUGUAAUAAAUGUUUCUCUCUCAGGAGCUUUUUUACCCACAUCUAAAAUAUUCCGCUGACUUUGGAGAAAAAAAAAAUGCAGGUGAUACAAGUUUAUUUGUGAUCAUUUCUUUUUUUCAUGAAUGCAAAGUUCAAGUUGUAGACUGUACAGACAAGAUCUCAGGGCACUUAUGUCUAGAGCUCUAAUCAGACGUUGUCUAUUAUUAGGUGAAAGUCGGCCAGUCAGAUAUUUGUGCAGAAUAGAACCAGUGUAAAAUGUUACACAUGAAUUGCACCACAACCUCUAAAAUGUCCAGAAAUGCAAACAGAAUUGUCUGUAUAAAAUGCCAUGCAAAGUGUUGUAGACGUGUCUUUUUUUCUCCUGUUACUUGUAGUGAAAGAAAAAAAAACAUCGUGACUCAAAGAGAAUUCUUAAUAAACUGCUUGGUUUCAGUA